UUGUAGCUGGCAACGGCUGGCCCUCUGCGCACGUCCACAACCGUCCCUCGGCUUUCAAAUCGUUGCACUCGCGUCGAGCCAGUCGGUUGUCGGUUGUUUGCUAGCGCGGUCACACGCAUAGUUGUGUACGUCCUCUGUAAGGCAGGAAGCACAAUAUGAAGGUGUUAGUGGCCGUUGUCGUUCUUCUAGUCGGUUUACAGCAUGUCUCUUACUGCUACCCUAACUUGGAUUACAUCGGCAAUAGAACGCACUUGUUGCGUUUCUUCAAUUCCGUGCCUGGAGUGUUGGGUACCUAUGGAACCGAGUAUACUAUCGAGUCACUGACAGGGAAGCUGCCUCUCGAAUGGCAGAACGUGACCUCCAGGCGUUCUAACCUGCUAGAGAUAGCCAAGAAACUAAACUUGACCAAAUUAGUUGAAGCAAUAAUCAAAGUAGGGCUUGGAGGGCUGCUGAAUCACGAAGGUCCAUUCACUUUGUUUGGCCCCACCAACGAAGCAUUUGAAAAAGCACCUGGCUACUGCAGAAAUGUUCCACUGAAAGAUGUCGUCAAGUACCAUAUUGCACUUGGUUCACACAAGAAAAACGAAUUCAAGAACAACCUACUGCUCACCAGUUUCCUACAGCAACGCCAACUACGAAUUAAUGUGUACCCGCAGACCAAUUCUAUCACAGCUGCUGGAAGAAACAUCACCAGCACCGACAAUGUUGCCUCCAACGGAGUUGUGCACGUGCUUUCAGAUGUGAUCUGCUCACUGUACAAAGGAAGUGCAGCUUUUGAAUUGAGCCGCUGCAAGGCGUACUCUAUCCUCAACGAAUUGAUUAAGACAGCUGACCUCUACAAUGCAUUGGAUGGUGACGGACCGUUCACACUGUUUGCUCCAGUAGAUGAGGCAUUCGCAAAACUGAGUCCAGAUGUCAUUGACCACCUCAAGAGCAACGUUACAGCCCUGAAAGAGGUUCUGCUUUACCACGUGGUACCCAAUGUGUGGUACAGCCCUGGGCUGGUGAAUGGGAAGCUGAAGACUCUGCAGGGACAGAACCUGACUAUUUCCAUCGACGACGGUGGUGUCCACGUCAACGAUGCUACUGUCACCUUGGCCGAUGCAGCCGUGCGCAACGGUGUAGUCCAUUCGAUUGACACUGUCCUCAUACCAAAGCUUCUGAGAUUCAACCGACCCUUUCGUGUAACAAUUGUAACCAUGGCAUAAUUUUGCUUUGUUGGGUCAUUCGGAUCCCAUUAUACGAAAUGGCUUUCCCCCACGACAGGGUCUCACACAAACUAAAUUUGCUUGUUUAGGUACAGCGGUGCGCAAUAAGACAGAAAACAUACAGCCUUUGUCAAAAGUUUCCAGCCUACUUCAUACAUGCGUUUCAUAUGUGUGGUGCGGUUCCCAUGGCACUCCUGAUAAUUUAGGCUGCUGGAUGGUUAGUAAGAGAGUUCUUUUCAUUCCUCAGGGCGUUGUAAUUUACGGCGUACUGCAGGAAGUCCGUUAAACAGCCUGGUGAUCGCAGGCAACAUAGGAAAUAUGCUUUUGAGGAAGAGUUUACCUAAAUUUGCAUUCGGGACACCACAGUGACUCAACACAUGUAAUUGUAAUGCAAGGCUGAGUAUUCAGUACAAAAGCCAGUUGGGGUGUGUUCGCAUGUCAAGCUUGAACUUGUGAGUAGUCACAGUAGCUUGAAAACUAAUUCAGUGAGCCUUUUCAUAAUGUUCACGUAGUCAGCGACAAAUGAAGUUAUGCAAGAGACAUGGGCCGGCGCGAAGGGUGCACAUUUGUGGAGGUAGUAAUGAAGUUGUGAGUAGCAGAUGCUGUAGUUCAUAUCUCUUGGCUACAAGUGAACAUUUUAACGCAACGCCUAUUGUGCGGAGCAUGGUUUCCAUGCAGUAUGGUGCAGGUGCAUUAUCACAUUUCGUUUGUUGAUGACCUGACACAGACUGCUAAAGACAAGCCAAGCACAAGAUUUCAGACUGCGAGAUUGAUAUUAAUUCUGAGUAAUAUAACUGUAGCAUAUAACUAGGGGCGUGCGAAUAUCAAAAUUUUCAAAUACGAAUACUUAGCAUCGAAUAUCGGAUCAAAUUUUGAAUAAUGAUAUGCAAAUGCAUUCAUUAGCAAGUUGGUUUAUUUUAACAUGUUGGAACAUUGCAAUUACAUUGUCAUUGGUAAAACAAUUAACCUAGUAAGUCCUUAUACCAAAAGAUUGUAUAUUUGGCUCAUGUUAGGUUUGGAAAAUUGAGUAAUCUCCGCUAGUUGUCUGUUCUCGCCAACCUGUGCCUUAUUAUACCGCAUCAAUUUCCCGUAAACUCGGAACCAUUUGACCCUAUACCAGCCGUCACUCAUCGCAUUUUCUGUCAAUCAAUAAGCUCAGGACUUGAGUGUGGAACCUGCACAAGAGUGCGCCUUCGCUGUUCGCAAACCCGUGCUACCCCUUGCUACUGAGAAGCUGGCUUUCCUGCACAGCUUGUGCGUCCAGUGGAUAAGCUUGUCUUGCAGGCGAAAUUCCGCCAGCAGCAUGAAAUUAUCGCAACAUUCAGCACAAAAUCAGACACAUUUUCUUAUAUUAGAUACAAAUAAACGCCAAGAACCACGUUUGAUCCCUCGCAGCCAGCAAUGUAUUCAAUUUGUUUCGAAUAUUCGUAUCCAAUCGAACAUUCGAAAAUUUUCGUACACCUAGUUUUCGAAUUGAACACGAAUAUUAAAAAAUAUAGUAGUCGAUAAUAUUCGAAAUUUUCGAAUAUUUGCACGCACCUAUAUAAAACCCUUUUAACGUAGACCCCUUCACAAUAAUUAAUAUUGGUCACAUUAUUAAACAAUUCUGUGCAUUUAACAUACACUUGACAGCCCUUGAAUAAAUGCAAAGUGACAUCUGCUAUAACCAAAUACACUUUACUCGCCAUUACAUUUCAUAUGCACUGACAUAUUUUCUUGGUUUUUCCUUUCUUCUUUUCUUUUUCUUGGUAGUGCAUUGGCAGGAGACAAUAAAACAUUGCUUUAUUUAGUACUACAUGGAAUUUUAUAGACUGCAGACAGCCUGCAAACGAUUGCCGCAAUGUCAAGUGUCACAUUGCUAUAUCAGUAACAGUGCAUUUGUAAUCGUCCAUUAUUGAACAAAUCUGUGUUGUCGUCUACUGUAAGUGAUUGCAUGUUCAAUCAAUAUUCAUUUAUGUUGCACAGUGAUCAUUUCUGCUUAUUAGAAAGGGAUUCAAGCAGUUUUUUUUAUCCGAGUUUGUUGUCAAAUUCUUCAACUGCUUGUAAUGGUUAUUUGGACUUGUUGGCGUUAAGCUUCUUUGUAUGUUGCAAGGAAUGUCUUUUUUUCUUGCAUGCGCUCACUCUUUGCCAAGUCCUCGAGCAUGGUCAGACUUGUGGCAUUCAUUUGUUACAUUCAUGCAGACAUGCAAUUGUUGUCGAAAGCUAGAAGAGCAACCCAAAAGACAUUGCAGUUGCUGCUCGGUGCAAGGGUAGCAUUGUGAUCAAUGAUGGUAACCAACUUCUGAUCGUUUCUCCAUGUACAGUUGACCAUCGCCCAAAUUAUUAUGUGCAAAGUAGCAUAUGUUUUCAUUCAAAUGAGCCAGAGGUUGUUUUGGUGACAUAUUCUAUCUGUGCUGUGCCAAUUUUGAAAACGUCGUGCCGCUUACUUCAGUUUGUUUUUUGGGAAAGCUGCUCGUUGACCUGGACUUGCCCGAUAAUUCCAAUACGCUUGCAAAGCCACACUUUUAUGCUUGAGUAAGGGAUCCAUACAAACCCCUAAGUAUUCUAACGGUGGUCAGCCACCUGUUUAAUUUCUAACAAAACCUUCAUGCUUCGCAUUCUUCACAUAGUUUCAGAAUUUUUUCAAGUAUAUGUGUAUUUUUGUCUUUUGUAAUACAUGUAUUUGGAAAACA